AUGCUUGCAUCAUCCAAGACUCUUGAUUCUUUCCAAAUGGCUGCUGGAGAUUACGAAUUUCCAUUUACAAUUCCGCUGUCGAGUAACAUCUUGGAAACAAUAACAGGUCCGAACCAUGAAUACCACACCUAUCGAGUAGAAGCCGUGUUGGAGCGUCGCUUCAGGAAAGAUUUAAUCGUUUCGCGACCGGUAAAACUUUACAGCACUCCUAAUCCGGAUAUGGUCAACAUGACACAAAGCUUCCCAAUGGCUGUCGAGGGUCUUUUCUCUCAAAAUAUUCAGUAUAGCAUUUCUAUGCCGGAUCAAAAUAUUCCUUUCGGCAGCACUUUCCUUGUGGAAUGCUGGUUUGCGCCACUGUCGAAAAGCAUCAAACUUUGUGCUCUCACAAUCGAAGUUAUUGAAAAGCACUACUUGCGAUUCGAUGCCACCGCAAGAGAGUCAGUACGGGAUAAUAUUCGUUAUGUCACCUCAGCAAAGAACCAUACAGUUUUCACACAGAAAGAAGAUGUCACCGACGAAGCUAGUUCUGCAGAGACUGAGUGGCGUAUCAAACAGCCAGUUUCUCUACCAAAGAGCUUGCAGCACUGUUCACAGAGUAUUUCGACUCAAAAUAUCAAAAUUGGACAUGCUCUGGUAAUAAUCGCCGAUUUCCAAGACGGGCAAGGCCUAGUAUCAACCAAGGUCAUGAAAGAAAUAUCAUUCAACAUUCACAUGGCAGCCAGUGUGAUUGAGCAAAGUGCCAUCGUUCCUGGUCAGGAUUUUAAUCUUUUAGUAACCCACGGAAGUCCUCCUCCAUCUUAUGGUAAACACACUUCGGAUCUCAUUUUCGCGAACUUACCUGAGAUUGGUGCCUUGGAUCAUCCAGUAUCAAAUUGCGGAGCGGUUCCAAUCUGCUUUCGAUUUUCAGAGUCUCCGCCCUGUUACGAGCAACUUGGGCCUACUGAUCCAUGA